GCUCCUUCCCGUACCCGAGUGCCCCCCGGGACCACCACCGGCUCACCAUGGAGUCGAUAUCUCGCAUUUCUAGCAUGCUUGAAUCCGGUACGCAUAGCAUCGUCAUCCUCGCCGCGAUCCCUCUAUUGAGUCUCUACGGCCGCUCUGUCUGCCCCUUGGAGCGCUCACUUCCCUCCUCUCCCUCUGCUAUCCUUUCCCACAAUGCAUCCUAGUAAUUAUGCUCAUUGGAGUCUCACCACAGCGCGCGACCUGACCCUCGAAGCCGCCCGCGAUGCCAGCGCCGCUAGACGAACAUCCACAAAGAUCCUGCCUUCGGGCCAGCUCAAGAAGCUGCUCGACAGCCGUUCGGAACGCGAUGUUUUGGAAGGACUCAAAAGGGUUGUGACGAUGUCAUAUCGACAGCCUCCUUCCCAGACUCUACCAUUCUUCACCCACGUAAUCAAGAAUAUUGCGUCGCCAUCUUUACCUAUCAAGAAGCUCGUUUACAUAUAUCUCCUCCAACAUGCGGAACACGAACCCGAUACCGCCCUACUCUCGAUCAACACCAUCCAGAAGUCUCUCACCGACUCUAAUCCGCAAUUGCGUGCGCUCGCACUUCGCGUCAUGUCUGGGAUCCGAGUACCCGUCAUCAGUCAGAUUGUCAGUUUGGGCAUAAAGCGAGGGGCAGGCGACAUGUCGCCAUAUGUAAGAAGAGCAGCAGCGUUGGCUAUACCGAAGUGCUACAGUUUGGACCCCACCACAGAACCUCAACUAUUGGAAUACCUCUCCACGCUUCUUGGGGAUAAACAAUACUUUGUGACCGGGGCAGCGGUGGCUGCUUUCUUGGAGAUAUGCCCCGAUCGAUUGGACCUUAUACAUCCUCAUUAUCGAUCACUUGUGCGGAAAUUGGUCGACAUGGAUGAGUGGGGGCAGUUGGCUACUCUUCGACUUAUGAUGGUUUAUGCACGGAAAUGUUUCCCCAGGCGGACGAAGAAGGUUAAGAAGACGGCAGCCAACAACACUGGAGCCAAAACGACGAAGACUACGAAAGGAUUUUACGACACCGAUAGCGAUUCAGAUGAACCCCAGGAUCAGGAGUUUGAGGAAAUUUUGGUACUGGAUCCGGACCUUGAAUUACUCCUGAAAUCGUGUCAAUCGUUACUUCAGUCAAGGAAUGCUGCCGUCAUUAUCGCCGUUGCAAGAGCAUAUCUUUACCUUGGAAACGAAGCCUACUUGCAGACCGCGAUUGGACCUCUUAUCUCCUUGUUGCGGUCCGCUGCCGACGUCCAACAUAUAGCCCUUUACAACAUCGUCCAGGUGUGCCUUUCGUACCCAGCAUCGUUUGUGAACUAUUAUACCCAUUUCCUCGUGCGAUCUACCGACGCUCCGCAUAUAUGGCGUCUGAAACUGGAACUUCUUACCCUCAUUUUCCCCUUCGCUCCGCCGCGCGUGCAAAGUCUUAUUCUAGCCGAGCUGAGCCACUUUUCGCAUUCUGGGAGUCUGGAUAUCGGAUUGGUAAAAGAGGCCGUUCGAGCAAUUGGACGAUGCUCCCAGAGCAGUGCCACGAGCCCUCAAACUUCUGCUAGAUGCUUGAGGCUGCUACUCGCACACAUUGGAUCUGCAGACGCACACUUGGUCGCAGAGAGCUUGGAAGUGAUACGGCAUCUCAUCCAGCGAGACCCGGACAACCACCGCACGACAGUCGUGCGCUUGGCAAAGCAUUUGGACGCUGCCACCAGCCCCCAGGCUCGAGCCAGCAUAAUCUGGUUGGUAGGAGAAUUCGCCGGCAUCGACCCUGAGAACAACAUCGCCGCCGACGUGCUACGCAUUCUCGUCAAGGGCUUCGCCGACGAAGCCGAGCCCGCAAAACUUCAAAUCGUCCUCCUCGCCGCAAAAGUGUACAUCCACCACCUGAACGCCAACCCGCCCCCCGAAGCGCCCUCCAAACCCCAACAGACCUCCACCACCACCCCAUCCUCCCUGCUAGAAGGUUACGAAGAAGACUCAGGCGGCUUCCGCGACUCCCACCUCGACUCUCAACCACCACCACCCGAGGACCCCUCCCCCGAAACCCCCCACCCAAUCGAAUCCCUCUACCGCUACGUCCUCCUCCUAACCCGCUACGACACAUCCUACGACAUCCGCGACCGCGCGCGCGUCUACAAAGCCCUGCUCGCAACGCCGUCCUCCACGCAACUCGCCUCGCUCCUCCUCCUCGCGCCCAAACCCGUCCCGCACGCCCCGAGCCCCUCCGAAGCGAGAAAGGGCUUCGUGCUCGGCAGCUCGAGCCUGGUGAUCGGCGACGAAGGCGGCGUCGGCGGGCUCAGGGGCUACGAAGACCUACCCGCUUGGGUGAAGGACGGAAGCGAACCCGAUCCCCGGCUCAGGGAGGAGAGUAAGGCGUCCUCGUCGUCCUCGUCAUUGUACGAAGGCGGUGGUGGGGGGAGGACGCUCACGGCGGCGGAGCAACUCGAUGCCGCGAGGAGUGGGAGGACGCCUGAGUUGUCGCCUACGCCUCCCCCUGCGACGGCGUCCGGUGGAAGGGGGUUGAAUGGUGCGGGAGCCGCGCCGGCGGCAGGGAAUGGGAAGGAGAAGACGUUGGAUGAGUGGUUGGCUGAGGAGAGUGCGGAGGAGAGCAGUGAAGAGGAAGAGACGGAUGAUGAGGAGGAGUAUGAGACUGAUAGCGAGGAAGAGGAGGAGACGGACAGUGAUGACGGAGAUGAGAAUCAGAGGCUUGUUAGGUAGAUACACUCGGUUCUCAUGAUGUGAAAUGAAAUGAAAUGAACAAAAUUGAUGGGGUUGUAUGAUCAUAUGUUGAUAUUUAUAGCUCGUGUACCAACUAUGUCACAUCUGCAGAUAUCACACACAUGUUCACACCCAUGUGUGGAUAACGAAUGAACCCGGAAAUCAA